ACCCCCAAACCCUCCGUGGCUGAUGCUGGCAUGGUCAGUGAGGACAGUCACUCGUGCAGCUAUGGAAACUGGUACUGUCUUAUCCACUGUCCUCUCUAUUGUUGUUAUUUUCGCUGCUUUUUGGUAUAGCGGCGAUGAUGACGGCCAUGCGAUGCUCCACAAAAGGCUGCAGCAUGUCCUUCAUGCCAUGCUGGAGGUAGAAGAGCAGCAUUCAGUAGGCGAGGUACGUAUCGCAGUGGGCUACGGAGCAUGUAAAGAUGUAUUUGUGCAAGGUUCCGAUUUAAUGGGCAUUAUGACACCACCACAACGUACAGCACACUUCAAUCGUAUAGACUCGAUUAAACAACUCAAGGAAAUGUAUGCCCUAUUUUAUACAGCUGGAUCGGCUGCAGAACGGUAUGUGGGAAAUGAGACCCUCUUCAGCGAAAUUCUGGCCGCAGCAGAAGCCGUUUCGGAAUCGUACUCGGCCCUGGGAGGUAAUGCACCAGUGAUGGCUUCUCGAUUUGCUUUUGAAGGAGCCAAGGUGCUUCUUGCAGCUAAGCGUAGCCCUUACAUAAUGGAGAAAGUUCAUCCAAGUAUUGUUGUUGGGGGUGUUGAAACAGACGGUGAUGACGAUAUUCACCUCAUAUUGGAAUACAAGGCAGGAGAAAGAUGGGGCUCCUACCAGGCUCCUCGUGCUAACAGGUUUAUCAUGCAUAGUGAUGAUAGCAACCCAACUUUAAGCACUGUGGAAUAUUUUGGUGAACAGCUGGAAGCGUUUAAGCCGCAUUUGUUUGUGGUUGGGGGACUGCAAAUGAUGGAUAAUUUUCCAUUUCCUCCAGGGGUACGGGAAGACCGCCUGCUUGCUGUAAGGGACCAAAUGACAUCACUUCCAACUAGUACUAGAGUUCACUUUGAAAUGGCCUCGUUCACUGAGCUGGAUCUGCUGAAUGGGCUCAUCCAACAUAUUAUUCCAUAUGCAGAUUCUCUAGGGAUGAAUGAACAGGAGUUGCCAAACCUCUACAGCAUGAUGAAGUACAGAAAUGUUAGUUUAGUGUCAGAUUUUAACCCUCGUGUAGCAGUGGUACUUGACCAGAUGAGGGAGGUUUUCCAACUGCUCAGAGCCACACCAGAGAUGGGUGGACGGCGUCGACUGACGAGACUGCACCUGCACACUCUUGCCUAUCAAACCAUUAUGGUGUGGAAGGACUCACAGUGGACCAACACCCGAGCUGCUGCAACCAAAGCUGCACUAACUGCUAAUCGCCACGUUUGUGGUAAUCCUAAGAUCAACUUGGAACAUGCUCGUAUGCUGAUGGAUGAAGGCUUCACAUUGUCUGAAGCUGAAGGUGCUGGAAGGGUCUUGUUUGACACUCAGCAGCCCGUAUCGUGCUGGACUGAGUAUGACGGAAAAGUUGAGGUAUGCAUUGCCCCAGUUCUGAUCUGUACAUCAGUUCGGCAAACAGCUGGUGGAGGAGACAACAUAUCCGCCGCAGGGUUAGUCCUUCAGGUAUAAGGAGUAAAAAUCUUUGUGGUGUAGAACCAGACGUAGGUAUGCUUAACCCUCAGUUUAAAGCAUACUGCAGAUUUGAGUCUGAGGCACACACGUAAAGAUGUGAAAGAUUAUUUUUGUUAAUCUAAAAUGAUUUUAUAUACUGUAAUUUAUUUCUACCAAUUAAUUAAGGUAAAUGUGCCACACAUUCCCAGUGAGAAUUGUAACACGCUGAACAGGUUAUUCCUAUAACUUAUUUAAAUUGUACACACGACAUGUAUUGAAGUGAGAAUUAUACCCCAGGUUGAAUUUUAUGAAGAACUAACACUCACAUUUAUAUUUUUUUAACUUAAAAGAAAAAAACUUUGUUUCCUAAUAUUGGUAUAAUUAUUGUACUUUGUUGUUUGUAUGAUGAUGGUUGGAUCCAGUUUUGAAAGGGAUGGUUAGAGAAGGAAAGUGCCAUAGAGCUUUUGUCAGUGAUAGUGAGAGUGCACAAUUUUUGUGGGAAAAAUAAAAAAGUAUUGAGGUGUAGGAGUGUACACCCACUAAGUUGUGUGUUUAUGGGACCAUUUAAACAUUUCCAUUUGACAGGUAUAAAUGACGCUUUCAAAUGUAUUUUGCAUAUACUGUAAUUUUUAACUUGCAGUAGUGUGUGUGUGUGUGUGUGUGUGUGUGUGCAGUCCUUCGGUGAAUGGAGGUUUACCAAGUAACACUUUAUAUCAUACAAAUGCAAGUUUCUUGAUUUAUCUCAAUAUUUACAGACAAAAUCUUUACAAAUAAAUAUAUCGAUACUUAAUCAAAUGAGGUAGGGAUACAUCCUGAUUUAAGACACAAAGAAAGUCAUCUGGAGGUUCUACGUUUAGUGACUUUUACACUAGUACUCUGCCUCGAUUCUGCUUCCAUCCCCCUCCCUUUAAUAGCCACAAUGUUAAAGAACAAAAUGUUAGUUUCCAGAUAGAAAUUGCUUCAACUCCAGAUUAUGGGCGAGUACAAAUCUAACAGCAUCUGAAAAUGUGUUGUUAUUAUGUCAGAGAGAGUAUACUCUAGAAACAGUACUUUAACUUCUCUUAAAUUUAUUGCCAUUUAUAGGUACUGCAGCUAUAUUUGACUAACAUCAUAUUCUUGAUAUACACUACCUGUAUUGGCACAAGCCGUUUAUCCCUUAACCGGACAACUUUGAAUUCACAAUAAAUUUUUAUCCUGAAGCCAUGUUUAGCUAUAGAGUAAUGUAAUUUUCACUCAAGUUAAUUUCGUUUCUUUCCUCAAUUUCCAUAGUUCCUUGCUAUCCUCUGUUAAGGACAGCUCAGUGGUUAGUCACAUUUUUGUGCAAAUAUUUGUUGUUAGUACCUGAAACCUCAUUAAAUUCUUUCCCCCACCCACCCAAGUCCUUAAUCUGUCGUAUUUGGAUAUUUUAGUCAUUUCCUUAAGUGUCAGGUUAUUCAGUCAGUUCCUUAAAUAUAAGAUAUAGUAAUUCUGAAUACUGUAAUCUCAAGUGACAGUUUAUUUAGCAGUUUCCUUGAUUGCCAGUCAAUUCAGUCAUUUCCUGUAAGUGUAAACAAAAAGAACAGCUAUUUGUGGAACAUAACUAAAUACUAUAUGGGCUAAGUAAAGAAGGUUUCAAAUCCUCUUAAUGCCUCUAUUUUUCAAAUAUUUUUUAAUUUUCUUUUUAUGUUAUUUUAGAAGAAAAUUGUUAGUGCCAUCAUUUAUCUAUGGUUCUUUGCAUUCCUUUUUUUUUUAUUACUCAUUACGGAUUCGUCCCUGUAAUGAGUUUGUAGGCUCACUCCCAUUGGAAGGGCCAAGCUCUGUCAUGUCUCAUUCUGGGUGUCAUAACGGUCUUUCCUAGGGUGCAAUAAAAUACUUAACGAUUUGCUCACUACAUGGUAUAGAGAUAAGUUAAUACAAACAAGUGGCAAAUAUAUUUAGAAUAUACCAUAUAUAUAUAAUAUAGUUUUUUUUAUAAAUAUUUUUAAUAUUUCAAUAACUAAUCUUAAAUUGGUACUUGAAUUUGUGUAGUUUUAUCAGUGGGAUGGGUUUAGGACCUGAGCCUUACAGAAUUUUGCAUUUUUUAGAGGUUUUGUUUAUCAUGUGUGAAGGUCUUUGUAUAAUGUAACAUUAGUCACAAUAAAAAUAAUAAUUAUAUGGUAUUUGUCACAGCUUUCAUUAGCUUUCUCACUUUAUUUCAGAUUUUUGUUAAGUUUUUGGUGUAUGUAUGUAUGUGUGUGUGUGUAUAUAUAUAUAUAUUUAUAAAUAUAUAUAUUUAUAUAUCAAAUAUAUAUACAGACACAUACAUAUACAUACUGUAUCUAUUGUAUUAACUGAAUAUGGGUGACAGUAAAAUAAUGCCUAAUUAGACGAGUUAUACUAUGUUCAUGUCAGACUUUUAAAACUUCAUUAUAAUGAUAAGAGUAAGGGAAAAUUGAGUUUUCUUAUAAACAAAAAUUAUAAUAAAAAUUAUUUGCUGGCUACUUGUCAAUGUUGAGAACAAGUUCUUGUAGAGUCAUUGAUUAAUGUAUUUCUGGCAUGACUACAUCUGGAGUCAAUAAUUUAAUAUUUAUUUAAUAUUUAUUCAGUAUACAAAAGUCAUAGAUGUUUUACAUGAUUAUAGAGUAGAUGUCUCACGUGCCAAAUUUAUUGGUUUCUUUUGUUAACUUAUAAGAUGUUUAUAUUUUGGUGAUUAGUGAUUUUGUUUUGGUGAUUAUUAUGUAUUUUUGUAAUAAACCCAGUGAUUAGAGAGUUGCAGAUAAUUGUGGAACACAACUUUUGUAGAUUUGUAGUUUAAAUGAAGAGAAUUAUAUCAAGAUUUAAAUCCUAUGACCUCACUUUUUUCAUACAAUGUUUAUGGUGUGGGCGAGCACUUGGAGAACAUUUAUCGAUCUAUUGAGAAAAGUACUCGUUCGUUUUAAACAUUUUCAUUCAACACACACUAAAAAUAAGCCAUUAUUCAUGAUUAAUAUACAUUAUGUACUACAGUGAACAAUUUCAACAGAUAAGAAUAAACUUAUUGUUGAAAUUUGUCCUUUUUAGAUACCCCAGACACUAAAGAGUAUAGCAGAAAACAAGGACUGUACUAGUGUUGGUCAAAUAUUGUAUUGGUGGUAAAAAUCAUUCAAUAAUGUCAAGUGUCGUGCGAUGUAAUGUCGUAAGUGAGCUUACGAGUAUUUUCUUGAAAGCACUCCACACUCCAGCAGAUUGGAGAGCAAGCUCCGACCCCCUUAGAUGAUGAUGAUGGGCAUGGAUGUGUGGUGAUGUUAGUGUUAUGUAAUUCUGUGGAAAAGCAGCAUAAAGGAUGGGAGACUAAAUAUAAACUAAUAUUUCAUAUUUGUCUGCUCAGCUGAUAUCAAUCUUGCCAUGUUAUCACCUGCCAAUCAUUGUACACUUGCAGCACUUUUAAAAUGUUUACAAUUAGCAUCCGUUUCCAGUUGCGGUAAACUAUGAAGCCUUUUUAAUUAGGGUCACACAAACUCUGGAAUAGGUAAUCAAGUUAUCCACGAAUGUGCUGGUACUUUUCAAUUCUUUGGUUUUCAGUGCAAAAUAAUUGCAGCGUGAAUGUGACAAAUUUAACUAUUCUUCAAACUGGGAACAAAUGCAUUUUUCUCCUUUCACAUUUAUUACUGAAGUUGUAAAACACUUAAUUCAUCUGUAGAUAUAAACAGGCUAAUGUUUCUCAAUUACAGACUGAACAAUCAAAACAAUGAGAAAUUACUGUGUUAAUUGUAAAUAUCCACUGUGCUUCACUACACCAUUUAUAAUUAUACAACACAAUUGUGUUCAAAUUUGUUUGAAACUCGAGUCAUUGUUAUAUGUUGGGAGGGAAAAAAUUUCCACAAAAUAUUCAAAUAAAAUGAUGCCCUUUU